AUGGUUUCGCAAAGCCAAAGAUCGCGAUGGUUAAAGACCGGUGCCAUUGUCGGCUUCGUUUUCAUGGUUCUCUUGUGGCUGUCGCCCUCGAAACCCUCGUCUUAUUCCGGCUACACUCAGGAACAAUCCCCUUCAGCCGCUGGCAUUGAGACCAAGUGCACGAAGCCUCACGAUUCAUCGAAGCCUUUGAUUCAGUAUGCGCUCAUGAUCGACGCCGGUAGCACUGGUUCUCGUAUCCACGUCUACCGUUUCAACAAUUGCGGCCCGACUCCAGAACUCGAGAACGAGGUAUUUGAGCAGACGGCGAAGAAGGACGGUGGCUCCGGUCUUAGCUCCUACAAGGAGGAUGCCGAAGGCGCUGCGAAGAGUCUGGAUCCUCUCAUGGAGGUCGCCAUGGCAAGCGUGCCGGCCGAGUACAAGUCCUGCACUCCAAUUGCUGUUAAGGCUACUGCUGGUCUGCGUCUCCUGGGUGCUGAGAUGAGCAAGAACAUUUUGGAGGCCGUGCGCAACCGCCUUGAGACUGUCUGGCCGUUCCCCGUGGUUUCUCGCGAAAAGGGUGGUGUUGAGAUCAUGGACGGUUCGGAUGAGGGUGUCUAUGCCUGGAUCACAACCAAUUAUCUUCUUGGCAAGAUCGGUGGUCCCGACGAGACCCCAACUGCUGCUAUCUUUGACCUUGGUGGUGGCUCAACUCAGAUUGUGUUCCAGCCUACCUUUGAGCAGAGCAAGGCUGGUGGUAUGCCCGAGCGCUUGGCUGAGGGCGACCACAAGUACGAGUUGAAGUUCGGUGGCCGGGAGUUUGAUCUUUACCAGCACUCUCACCUUGGAUACGGUCUGAUGUCCGCUCGCGAGGCUAUGAACCGCGUGGUUUUGGAAGCCAUGUUCGCGAACAACCAGAAGGAUCUGUCCUGGCUUAAGCGCCCUAUCUCCAACCCUUGUAUCCAGCCCGACAUGGAGAAGGAGGUCACCGUCAAGCUCCCCGCGGAGCACCCUCUCGGACCUGAGGUUACCGUCACUAUGGCCGGCCCGAAGGAUGCCACCGCCGCUCCCCAGUGCCGUGCUAUCGCUGAGAAGAUCCUGAAGAAGGAGGCUGAGUGCAAACUGGCACCCUGCUCUUUCAACGGUGUUCACCAGCCUUCCCUCGAGAAGACCUUCUCCCGUGAGGAUGUGUACAUCUUCUCCUACUUCUUCGACCGCACCGAGCCUCUGGGCAUGCCUUCAUCGUUCACUCUCGAUGAGCUGCACAAGCUCACUUCCACUGUUUGCGGUGGUGAGGAUAGUUGGGGUGUCUUUGCCGGUGUGGAGAAUGCUCUUGUUGAACUCCGCGACCGUCCUGACUGGUGCAUGGAUCUCAACUUCAUUAUGGGUCUCUUGCACACUGGUUACGAGAUGCCUCUGUCUCGUGAGGUCAAGAUUGCCAAGAAGAUCAAGGGCAACGAGCUGGGCUGGUGCCUUGGAGCAAGCUUGCCUCUCUUGAGCCAGGAGUCUGGCUGGACCUGCCGCAUCAAGGAAGUUUCCUAA